AUGCAAUUUUUUCGAAUUAAUAAAUAUAUUAUUUACACUGGAAUGUUUGGCUGGUUUUUUGCUCAUGGAUCAAAACCAAUAGUUUAUUUAUCAUUAAAUAACACGAUUCAGCGUGAUGUCCUUAGAAUGCUUUGUGUGUCUCGACUCAAUCGAAUUGCUGCAACAACAAUGCAGAUUAACGUUGGAGGAACAACACAACAUACUACCCACAAAAACCCUACAGAAACCAGAAAUCAAUCAAGAAUAAUUACAAGACAGGAAGAUGUGUUUUAA